AGCCCGAGACCGCAGCGCGCCGAGUGACUUAGAAUUUGGGCGCCUGCGGUCACCGAGGUGGAUAGAGAUGGCUGCCGCUCUGCAGCGCAUCGAGCAGCUGUCCAGUCGGGUGGUGCGCGUGUUGGGCUGCAACCCGGGUCCCAUGACCCUGCAAGGCACCAACACGUACCUGGUGGGGACCGGCAGCAGGAGAAUCCUCAUUGACACCGGAGAGCCAUCAAUUCCAGAAUAUAUCAGCUGUUUAAAGCAAGCCUUGGUUGAGUUUGACACAGCAAUCCAAGAAAUCCUGGUGACACACUGGCAUUCUGAUCACUCUGGAGGCAUAGUAGACAUUUGUAAAAACAUCAAUAAUGACACCACCUAUUGCAUUAAAAAACUUCGACGGAAUCCUCAGAAAGAAGAAAUUAUAGGAAAUGGAGAACAGCAAUAUAUUUAUAUAGAAAACGGAGACGUGGUGAAGACUGAGGGAGCCACUCUCAGAGUUUUGUACACUCCUGGCCACACUGAUGAUCACAUGGCUUUACUCCUGGAAGAGGAAAAUGCCAUCUUUUCUGGGGAUUGCAUCCUAGGAGAAGGGACGACAGUAUUUGAAGACCUCUAUGAUUAUAUGAACUCCCUAAAUGACUUACUAAAAGUCAAAGCUGACAUUAUAUAUCCAGGACAUGGCCCAGUGAUCCAUAAUGCUGAAGCUAAAAUUCUGGAAUAUAUUUCUCACAGAAAUAACCGAGAGGAACAGAUUAUUUCAUUAUUCCGUGAUAACUUUGAGAAAUCGUUUACAGUAGCUGAACUUAGGACAAUGAUAUACAAGAAUGUUCCAGAGAAUUUACAUAAGAUGGCAGAGCGUAAUCUCUUGCUUCAUUUGAAAAAACUAGAGAAAGAUGGGAAGAUAUUCUACACAAGUCCUGUCAAGAAAUGGAAAGCCGUCCUUUAGUUUCAGAUCAGUGAAGUGCUGUCUUGUUUUGCUUUUAAAAGAUGGUAUUUUCUUUUGGCUAUAGAUUAUAUAUUUAUAGAAAAUAUCAAAUGUACAACUUUGAAAAUAACCCUUGAUAUUUGUAAAAUAUGUAAAUUACAUUUUAUAUCUAGAGGACAGUUUAACUGAUCUAACCUUGGUCUUGGAAGGUUUUACCAGAAAUUCAGAAUCUAGCACUUUUUCAAUUUUCUAUGGAUUAAGUAAAGUGGUUACUUAAGAAUAAUAGAUUUUGAGCAAUUCAAACCAGUUAAUACUUUAGAGUGUGAUUAUUGCCUUAGUUAGGGUUUCUGUUGCUGUAAAAAACAAACAUGACCAAGGCAGCUCUUAUAAAGGAAGACGUUUAA